AUGCCGUGCCGCAGGGCUGGCUGCCGACGAGUUUGGGGUCUUCUGCUGGUGGUUGCGUUUGCUUGGCCAAGAUGUUGGCUGAAAAGUCCUUUGGCAGAGCCACGGGCAACGAGCACAUCCAUUUUGGUGGGGGUUGGCAUCGUGGUGCUGUGGGAAGCGUUUUGCACUGUGUUUGUCAGCGACCGGCCAACCAUUCUGGCGGAGUUCCUCAACUUUUUUCUAUGCCGGCGCCGAAGAACUCAAGUGGAGCAUCACCAGAAUGUUGCAUCCAUCCUGCACAACAAGAUGGACGAGUUCACAAGCAUGAGGAAUGCUAACACACACUUUUGGUCAGAGCGGACUUGGUCCCAUGGCAACGUGUCACAGUUGUCCCUUUGGGAUGUGGAAGAAUCCUCUUCCGGCCCUCAGGGCUUCGUGCCCAAGCCAGGGGCCUCAGUGGUUUUCUUUGCAGACCACACCCUCACCAUCGGGCCAGGUGCAAAAGUUGCCACUGUUCUGUUGAUGCGUGUGGGAGAUCUUUCGAAGGAAGCGGCCGUGGAGUUGGCUACCGUUGAUGGUACUGCUGAAGCCGGCUACAGCUUCAAAGCCUCCAAGCAAACCGUGUGCUUCGACGCAGGUGCCGCCUCAGCUGAGUUCCACGUGGAGCUGUUGCCCAGCUCGCACUGCGUCACGCAUCGAUUUUUUGUUGUCCACGCGACAGCUGUCUACAGCAACGUCGCCAUGGGCAGCUCGUCCUUCACUCGGGUCCGGCUUCUUCCAGUGGGAUUGUGGCCUCCAGGCGUGCAGCUCGAGGAUGUGCAGGACAAAAGCCGAAGCAGACUGAUCCGGCUGAGACUUGUGUGGGGGUUCGCGAGGCAUCUGCUGUCCAGGCGCGGACGCUCGCUGUGGCAUGUGCUAGUCGCGAUUGCGUGGAUUGACUUCCAUCGGGUGGUGCUGAACACCCUCUUGCUAAACUACGCAUUAUACGACUUUUGUUUGACCCAAACCCAGCUCCAAGUGGCUUGCCAGCGCUUGCCUGCCAUUGCACUCGCAAAACUUGUCCUGGUGUGCAUCGACCGCUUGGCUGACCACAUUAAGUUUAACCAGGCAGGGAGUAUGUCCUCUACAAAAUACUUGCAGGAGCUUCUGAUACAUCGAUAUCUACAGACGGCCAAUGACACCAUCGAGCUGGGCAAUUUUCUCCACAUGCUGACAGACACCGUGCCCGAUAGCAUUACUCACGGGUACAAGACCGUGUACCAGUUGGCGCACUGCUUUGUGACUGUGGUGCUCUCAGUGUUCAUGGCCCUUCUCAUGCCAUUUCUGAAGGGUGAGUCACCUUCAUUUGAUACGCUGCAGCCUUUGCUGUGGAUUGUUGUUCCCUUGCAGUUGGCAUUUGCCAUUGGUUUCUGGAUGCGGCACCCGUCUUUCGACCGUUGGGCCACGCUCUCCCGCGAUGCUGACAUUGAAAAGCACGGUGCCAUGGUUGAUUUGCUGUAUUGCCGGCGUUACUUACGAGCGUAUGACACAUCAUAUCCAGUGCAGCACGUCAGACAUUCCUUUGAUGAUGCUUGCUCCUACUACUUGCAGCAAAGGGGUGGCUUUUUGUUGUAUCAAUUUGACACCCAAUGGGUUGCACGAUACCUGGGCGAGCUGACCAAAGUAUUCGGCAUCCUCUCUGGGGGGUAUGCUGCGUUGCGACAUGAGCAUUUGCACGAAGGACAAAUGACACUUGGUCGCUUCACAGUUUUUCUAAGUUUGUACAGCAUCAUCAUCGAUGUCAUGUACAUGUUUCUGGAGGCAUGGACUGGAAUCCUGUACGCAGGGUUCCUCGUGCAGGAACUCUGUCGGGUAUUGAAUGAGCCAGAUCGUUGGCAACCCCGCCAAUUUGAAGCAGCGCGCAUCUCUGAACAUCCGAUAGCAAGAGGGCACUUCUCCAUCAAGCUUGCAGCGGCUGAUUUCUACAUGGCAGCAGCUGCCUGCGCAAAGUCGACCGCGACAGUUGAAGUACCCUUGGGCUUAAACUACGGCGUGAGGACUUACAGCGACGCCAGUUCGCUUCGGCAGCGCGUUUGUGAAAUUAUCGGAGAAACACGUGCAGGCCUCGGAGGUCAGAUGAGCUGUGCACGACUGCUCCUUCUAAAGCCCCCGGUGAGCCUUGCCACGGGCUCAGUGUUGGAGAAUCUGCUGGCCAACGCUGCGUCUUGGGUCAGGGCAAGUGAUGCUUAUGCCCUUUUGAUGUUGCUCGGCAUACCCAUCCCAGCACCUGAUGGCAUCAAGCCCCUGCAUGGCUCUUGCCCAGAGGCCUUGCGUGACAGAUUGGUCCAGCACGCGCGCAACCUGCGCCCACUGCCUUCAGCCCAGCCCGGGCCCUUUGGCGCAUCUUCCCACUGCGAGUGGUUCCAGCAGCGGUGCUUGGCAGCAGACUUCUCUGUACUGUCGCCUAUGAUCAAGGCAGUGGAUUUGCUGCAGCCUGCCGAGCAGCACUUGUUUGAUUUGGCCCGAGCCUUGCUGGCUGACCCUGAAGUUCUGGUUCUGCACGACAUGCUCAAUGCCAUGCCGCUGGUGCUGGCGAGUACUGCGGUGCAGGUCCUCCUUCUGUGGCAACGUCUCGGGGGUUUCAAGGGAGUUGCGCUGGCACUUGAGGGAGCCCAUGUUGCUGUAGCCGACGGCUACCCGAGCUGGCUGACAGUAGGCGGGAUUCCGCGCACCAUCUUCAUUUCUGAGUGUACCAUAGUUUGUGCCGGCCUUGACUUGGACCAUCAUCUUGACUCUUGGUUACUCAUACAUCCUGGCGGCGCAAUGGAAGUCCAACAUGGGACGCUCCAGUGA